UUGCUGCUUCUUGGUGGUGACCACAUGGUGAAUAUGCACAAUAUGACUGAAUUUAUUUUUCUGGGACUCUUUCCCAACCAGAAGGUGCAGAGAGUUUGCUUCGUGAUAUUUCUGCUCUUGUACACAGCGACUGUCCUGGGGAAUUUCCUCAUUGUGAUCACUGUCAUGACCAGCAGGAGUCUUGGUUCCCCCAUGUACUUCUUCCUCAGCUACCUGUCCUUUGUGGAGAUCUGUUAUUCUUCCACUACAGCCCCCAAACUCAUUUCAGAUCUGCUGACUGAAAGGAAAACCAUAUCUCUGUGGGGCUGCAUGAGUCAGUGUUUCUUCAUGCACUUCUUGGGUGGCACUGAGAUUUUCCUGCUCACUGUCAUGGCCUAUGACCGCUAUGUGGCCAUCUGCAAGCCUCUCAACUACACCACCAUCAUGAAUCGGCAGGUGUGUGCUGUCCUCGUAGGCAUAGCAUGGGUGGGAGGCUUUGUGCAUUCCUUUGCCCAAAUCCUUCUUGUCUUCCAAUUGCCCUUCUGUGGCCCCAAUGUGAUCAACCACUACUUCUGUGACCUGCUUCCCCUUCUCAAACUUGCCUGCUCUGACACCUUGCUCACUGGUCUGCUGAUCGUUGCCAAUGGGGGAACCCUGUCAGUGAUCAGCUUUGGUGUCCUUUUAGUAUCCUAUGUGGUCAUCCUGCUCCAUCUGAGGACUCGGAACUCUGAGGGUUGGCACAAAGCUCUCUCCACCUGUGGGUCCCAUGUCACCAUGGUUGUCUUGUUUUUUGGGCCCUGCAUCUUCAUCUAUCUGAGGCCUUCUACCAAUCUGCCUGUAGACAAGAUGGUGGCUGUGUUUUACACAGUGAUAACCCCACUCCUCAACCCUGUCAUCUAUUCCCUGAGAAAUGCUGAAAUGAAGAAGGCCAUGAAGAAGCUAUGGAUCAGGACAAUGAAACUAAAUAAGAAAUAGAGGCUGAGUCUCUGUAUUGAUCCUUGGUUUCAGAAUGAUGCUGAGUCCAAACUAAAGG